AUGCAUGCGCUCAAACUGCUCUCAUUCUUCGUUCCUGCAGUGCUCGCCUCGUCAGAGCUCGCGCAGCGAAGCACAACCGUCUGCAACAACUCUCCGGACCUGUGCAGCAAAUCAUGGGGAGAUAUUACCCACCUCGGAGCCCACGACAGUCCGUUUCUUAGAGAUUCGUCGACCUCUUACUCCGUAGCAGGGAACCAGUACUACAACACAACCGUCCAGCUGUCCGCCGGCGUCCGCUUGGUAACGGGUCAAAUACACCAGAACGAUAAUGAGUGGCACCUUUGCCAUACUAGUUGCAGCUUGCUGGAUGCUGGUACCUUGGAAGCGUGGUUGUCUGAGAUCAAGACCUGGCUUGACAACAAUCCCAAUGAUGUGGUGACUGUUCUUCUUGUAAACAACGGCGCAUCUGCCUCGGACCUCAACACGAUCUUCGAAGCGGCGAAACUCACGUCCUACGCUUAUAAACCCUCGUCGACGAGUGCAACAACGUCAUGGCCCACCCUGCAAGAACUCAUUUCUGAUAAUACCCGGCUCAUGACCUUUGUGGCCUCCUUGUCCUCAAACACCGGUGCUACGUAUCUGAUGGACGAGUUUACAUAUAUCUGGGAGAAUCCGUACGAGGUCACAACGGCAUCAAACUUCUCCUGCAAGCCAGACCGUCCAAGUUCCGUGCAAGGAGACACUGCAAGCGCGCUGUCUUCUAACCGUCUUCCCUUUAUGAACCAUUUCCUUGACCAGGACAUCGGCCUCGGAAUCGUGGAGCCCAAUUCGGACGCAGCCAACACAACGAAUGGACAAAGCGGCACCGGCAACCUGCUCACUGCUGCAAACGAGUGCAAGGACGCCUACGGACGGCAACCUGCCUUUAUCCUAGUUGACUUUUUCGACAAGGGACCUGCCAUCGACACCGUGGACAAACUGAACAACGUGACCAACGCAAGUGGCCGUACCCCCGUUCCCGGUACCAAUACCGAGGCCAGCAGCAGCAGCACCACUACCAGCAGUGGCACCUACGUGGGCUUAAUCGAUCUCGCAAAAGAGGCAAAGAGUGGCGCUAACCCGAGCACAGGCAACUGGAUCUGGGCCGGCGGCAACUGGGAAAGCAUCCUCGGAGGGGGCAUCGACCUCUAG